UACUGUAUACAUAAGCGAUUUAGGAAUGUGUCAACAAGUAAAUAAUAAAGAGAAAUCAGAUAAAAAAGAAGGAGUUUAUGGAGUAUUACCUUAUAUGGCACCAGAAGUUUUACGUGGAUAUCAAUAUACAAAAGCAGCUGAUAUUUAUUCAUUUGGAAUAAUUAUGAAUGAGUUUCUUUCUGAAGAAAUUCCUUUUAAUGAUAUUCCUCAUGAUCAUAUUUUAGCUUUUAAAAUAUGUAAAGGACUAAGACCAAAAAUUUCUGAAGAUAUUCCAAAAUUUCUUGUAGAUUUAAUUAUGAAAUGUUGGGAUGCUAAAACAGAAAAUAGACCAUCUGCUAAAGAAUUGUAUCAAAUAUUAAAAAAAUGGGAUAAAGAAGACGAGAAACUCAGUAGUGAAAUUCAUCGAAUGACAAUAAGUCUGAAAGUAUUAAAACUCAUCCUCAAGCAGUAUACACAAGUAGAUUUUUAAGUUUCAAAAAUCUUCCAGAACCUGUAAACUCAUCGGAUUUAUCAUCAUUUCAAGUUAAUUCGGAUGAUAUUCCAUCAGUAUCAGCAAAUAUAAUUUCAGAAUGUUUUGAUUGUAAAAUUUAGUAAAUCAGAUCUCAACGAAAUUAAUCAAGAAGAUGAUAGUAAUUUGAAUGAUUAAUCUUAAAUUAUAGUAGGUUUU